UACAGUCGGCAAGGCACGGAGGUUCAUGCCAGUCCACUUCCUUCUCAAAGCGGAGCUUAGGAGCCCUGAAGCGCGCACGCCGCACACAUUCGCACUCAGCGCACGGAACUCCUCCACCUUGCACGGAGCGACGGGAUGGCGAGGCGGCCGAGGCACAGCGUUUACAGCAGUGAUGAAGAUGAUGAUGAUGUGGAGGUUUACGAUCAUGAUUACGAUGCCCCAAUGGCCAAAACAGGAAAACGCCAUCUUGGCAAAACACGCUGGACACGUGAAGAGGAUGAGAAACUGAAGAGAUUGGUGGAACAUCACGGCUCAGAAGACUGGAAAGUUAUUGCCAGCUUUUUGCCUAACCGUACAGAUGUUCAGUGUCAGCACCGCUGGCAGAAGGUUCUCAACCCUGAGCUAAUUAAGGGGCCUUGGACCAAAGAAGAAGACCAAAGAGUGAUUGAGCUGGUGCAGAAGUACGGUCCUAAGCGCUGGUCAGUGAUUGCGAAACACUUGAAGGGUCGCAUCGGGAAGCAGUGUCGAGAGCGCUGGCACAACCACCUGAACCCCGAAGUGAAGAAGACGUCCUGGACGGAAGAGGAAGAUCGCAUCAUCUACCAGGCCCACGAGAAACUGGGCAACCGCUGGGCAGAGAUUGCCAAACUACUGCCAGGCAGAACCGAUAAUGCCAUAAAGAACCACUGGAACUCUACAAUGCGGCGUAAGGUCGAGCAGGAGGGCUAUCUGCAGCACACUGCUAAGGUCAGCCCUGCUCAGCUCAGCAGCUACACCAAAGCGCACCUGGGCAACUACAGCCACACGCCCAGUACCAGCCCCAUGGCCACCAGCCCCAUGGCCACCCAGUACCCCUACUACAUCUCUGACCCCCAGCGGGUGAGCACCACGCCCGUUCCCAGCACGCCGGUGCCGUUCCCCCUGGCCCUGCAGCUGAACAUCUUCAACAUCCCCCAGCAUGGCACCGCGGCCAUACAGAAACACUAUAAUGAGGAGGACCCAGAGAAGGAGAAGAGAGUGAAGGAGAUUGAGAUGCUUCUGAUGUCGACAGAAAACGAGCUGAAGGGACAACAAGCACUACCCAUCUCCAUGGCCAGUUACGGGUGGGGUCGAGGGUCUUUGACUGACACCUCGAUGGGCGUGGCUGUGUCUGUGCCUGGCCCGCCCCUGGAGCAGGGCUGCCUUCCUGAGGAGAGCGCCCACGGCAACACGACCAGCCCAGCCAGCAGCGGUGGCAGCAGCGGCAGCAGUGCAGGUGGCAGUGGUGUGCUGGCAGCUCUGCCCGAGUUCAUGGAUGCCAUCGACUCGAACAUCCCAGCAUGGGCAGACAGGAGUUGGUCAAAAAUGGCGGGUGCCGCGGGCGGUGAGGGUUCGGGCGGCAGCCAAUCGCCUGCCCACAGAGAGGAUGUCCACUUCUCAUUGGUUGGCUCCACGCCCAAACGUUCUGACAUGAGCCGCAGCCUGCCUUUCUCCCCCUCACAGUUCCUGAACGCCUCUGUGAGUCCAGACACGAACAGCCAGAGUUUGCCCAUCUCCCCUUCGUCUGCAUGCUCCCAAAAGCCCCUGCAGCAUGACCUCAGUCUCCGCCACCAGAAAGAGAACGACAUGUUCAGGACUCCAAGUCUCAGACGCUCCAUAAUGGAGGUUUCUCCUCGUACACCUACCCCAUUCAAGACAGCUCUGACUGUGCAGGACACCAAAUAUGGACCACUGAAAAGGGCCCACAGCCCACCUGUGGAGGCUGUAGUUGGUGGCAUUAAGCAGGAGCCACAGGAGUGUGAAGUGAGCAGUGGAUUCACAUCUCAGCCCCCUGAGCCGCCCGCCCUAAAGAAGAUUAAACAGGAGGCGGAGCCAGCAUGCCUUCAGUGGGAGGGGCAGAAUCUCCAUACCCAGCUGUUCCCUUCAAGUGGCCCUGCCCAGAACAUGCCUGAUUUGUUGACCAGCUCUGUGCUGAUGCUGUCUGGAGCAGAGAAGAGUGAGGAGGGUCCCAAAGCCUCCCAGAUGCCGCGCAGAACCCUGGCAAGCCCAAUGCAGCACUUGAGCACCUGGGAGCUGUGCAGCAAGAGCGAGGAGCAGCUCCUGCCUUCCGAGGCCAGCCACAAAUACCUCAACACCUUCUGCUCCCGCACACUGGUCAUGUAGGACUCAGAGGGCAAGGAGCCAGGAGCGGGGGCAGGAUGGGGAUGCCAUCGCUCUGCAAAGAAAGGGAAGAGAAACACUCCGAGACGACUCCUGGGGUUGUUGGAGUCACCGUGGUACGUGAAUUGGGAGAGGCUCUAAGCUGUUCGGUCUGACGGCGUGGCCAUCGAUUAAGCUGUACUUUAACUUGAUGGAUUUCCACCAACCAAAGAAAUCCUUCAUUUUGGGUUGUCUCUGCUUUGAUUGAUUUAUUUUCUUUUUUAAGAAUAAUAUUGUAUUAUAUGUGUUGUAUUAUACAUGGGGAAAUGAACUGUUUAUGAGGGCUCUAAUUGUAUGGAUUUUAAUAUAAAGAACAAUUUGUAGUAAUUUAUUAUUUUGUAUUAAGAAUAAUUAAGUAUGUCGGGUGCAUUUUGCCAGUGUUGUCCCCAGUAUUCAUGCCCUUUAGAUAAGCGAGUGUGUGUUAGCAGUAAGGAGUGUUUCCUCCGAGCAUUACCAUGAUUUGACACGCCGUAGCCCAGUGAUGCUGCCUGAGAGAACACAGACCCACAUGGUUAGAAAGCCUUCGCAGACUUCCAGACGCUUGACGCCACAGACCCAGACUCCUGACCAAACCAGGCACGCGCGUACACCUGGACAGUGCUCACGUGCCUCGGCUUUCACGUUGCCAAGUUCAGAAACGACAGUCUUGUGAUGCAGUGAGUUCAUAAAGACAUUUCAGUAGGGUUAGGGUUAGGCCAUUUCAAAGAGCGCAGGCCAGUCAGGUCCCAAGACUGAGUUCCACUUUAGCACUUAGCAUGGCCAUUAUAUCAACAAAGCUAAAAGAAAAAGUGUUGGUUUUACAAAUUAUUACCAAGCUAGAGAGGAAAGCAAAGUUUACCAAGCAUGUUUUCAAAUCAAAGGCCUCGGUGACAAAAAAGACCUUUUGAUCUGAUAAGACAUUUCUGUAUACCUAAUUUACAUAAACACUGUUUUUGAUUUGUUUUGUUUUGUAAUCAAGAGUGUCAAUGGUAUUGCUAGCUUUAAAACACUUUAAUGAUUGCUUUUAUAACAAGUUGGCUCUUUUUUAUAUUAUGUACUUUUGAUAUCAAGACUUUUGAGUCCAAUCAAAAACAUUUAGCAGUAACGUUUUUGUUAUUUGCUGCCUUUUUUGUAUUAGCUUAAAGUACAAACACUUUUUAUACACAUCAAACUUUUCUACAAAUUUUUGAUACAACCUUUUCUAAACUGCCAUGUGAAUAA